UCCAUUUGUUGUUGUGUAGUGUGGCGAUUUGCUUCUCUUGUUGUUUCUGUGAGAAAUUCUUAGCAAUUUCGUGGCAUCCGUGACAUCACCGCGUGGAGAAAAAUGGCAAGUCAACGAUUAAGUCUUCCUCCAAGUCUGCAUCUCUAUACUUGCGACUUCCAUCAGAGAGUUUCUGUGUUUUUUGUUAUUUUGCUUCUUUGUUUUGGGCAGCGUGAGGAGGUUGUUGGAGGGUUUUACCUCAAAUUUCCAGACCUUUCCUUUGAUGGGUUUGUGAAAAUUUUGAAUUUUGCUUCCUGGGUUUUGUUUAUUCCUCGUUUGGCUUCGUGGGUUUUCGAAUUAAAGGGUUAAGAUGGUGGGUUUUUGAUAUUUGUUUGUUAUGUUGUUGGAAUUGCUGGUUUUUUGGUGAAUUUUUUUUUACCUCUGGUAUGGCGUAUGUGAUGAGAAAAUUGAGUUCUGCUAUGGCCGCUUCUGGUGGGGGCGGCGGCGUCGAUCCCGUAGAUUUUAGCACGGAGUUGGAGUUUUCGUUUGCCGAUGAAUACAAGGGUCCUCCGGUAGGUUAUGUUAUCCCAAAUGCAGUUCCGGUUGAUAUUCACCACAUCCCAACUGCUGCUCCGGUUUCUUCAGGCUCUCUCUUGAACAAUUCGUCCCUCCCUGUUAUUCAACCGAUUGCGAAAUCUAACAAGAAACCGAAAAAGUCGAAACUUGCAAUUGAAGCAAAGUUUGGAAAGGAAAUUGUUUCUUCCGAUUCAGUAACUCCUGCUGAAUUGGAAAUUAGCAAAGGCGAAAAGGGUGUGUCGACUUUAUCAGAUAAAGUCGAAAGCUCUGGGGAUUUGGCGUUUUCUGGCAGUCUGUCUGGAAGUUCAAAGGGUGUGCUUGAACUACCUGAUGAUGGUCAAGAAGCUCAAGGUUUUCAGAAUGAUAUGAGCCCCGGUGAUUGGGGUUCAUCAGAGUCUGGUUCGAGUUCACAGAGUCUUUCCUCUGAGGUUUUUUCUGGUAGAGAGGAAGCUGAUGCGGAUGAAAUUCCUCACCAUGUCAAAAGACCAUCAGCUGUGACAUUCCGUGAUCCUGACUCGAAUGACAUUGUUCAGGAAGAAGAGUAUGAUCUUUCUGAUGCGGAAGAAGAUGUGCAAGUGAGGCCUACAGUUGAGAGAAAUGGGAAGAAAGGGUCGUGCUAUCGAUGUGGGAAAGGAAACAGACUCACGGAGAAGGAGGUUUGCAUUGUUUGUGGUGCUAAGUAUUGCUAUAAUUGUGUGCUGAGAGCAAUGGGGUCAAUGCCGGAAGGAAGAAAAUGUAUUACUUGCAUUAGUUUUGAAAUUGACGAGUCAAGGCGAAGGAAGCUGGGCAAGUGUUCUAGGAUGCUCAAGCGGCUUCUCACUAAAUCGGAAGUUGAACUGAUAAUGAAAGCCGAGAUAUCUUGCCAAGCAAAUCAACUGCCAGGCAAUCUUAUUUUUGUGAACGACGAACAUCUAUCGCAGGAAGAGCUGGUUCGAUUGCAAAGUUGCCGAAACCCGCCAAAAAAGUUAAAACCAGGGUGCUAUUGGUAUGAUAAAGUAUCUGGUUUUUGGGGAAAGGAAGGGCAUAGGCCUUGCCAAAUAAUUAGCCCUCACUUGAAUGUGCGAGGUCACAUAAGGCAAAAUGCUAGUAACGGGGAUACAAAUAUAUUGAUAAACGGUCGGGAGAUCACUAAGUUAGAGGCCUUCAUGCUGAAGUUGGCUGGAGUGCCAUGUGAAGGAAAUCUUCACUACUGGGUGAGUGCAGAUGGGUCGUAUCAGGAAGAAGGAAUGAAGCAAGUAAAAGGAAAGAUAUGGGACAAGACUACAAUAAAGCUGGUUUGUAACAUCUUGUCUUUGCCAAUUCCUUCUGAUUCUGCAAAUCUUUCGACAGAAGAAGUGAACACCCAGAAUACCUUUGAAGAGAAAAUGCUUAACAAAAUUGUUCUAGUUGGACAUCAUAAAUCUGGUACAAGCACUAUAUUUAAACAGGCCAAGAUUUUGUACAAUGUUCCUUUCUCUGAAGAUGAACGGCAAAGUAUUAAGUUGAUGAUACAGAGCAGAUUGUACAGUUAUCUCGGUAUACUGCUUGAAGGACGUGAGUGGUUUGAAGAAGAAAGUUUGAUUGAGAAGAGAAAAGGAAAAGGACACCUUCUGGAGGAACCAGGCCCGUCAGGAAAUACAAGCCAGCUUGACGAUAAAACGAAAUAUUCCAUUGGUCCAAGACUGAAAGCUUUUUCUGAUUGGCUCCUCAAAUCUAUGGUAUCUGGUAAUCUGGAAGCCAUAUUUCCAGCAGCUACUCGUGAAUAUGCACCAUUUGUUGAGGAUUUGUGGAAGGAUCCUGCUAUUCAAGCCACAUACGACCGGAGGAAUGAAAUACAAACGCUGCCCAGACCAGCUGCAUAUUUUCUUAAUCGGGCCGUUGAGAUUUCAAGGACAGAUUAUGAGCCCUCAGACAUGGACAUCUUGUAUGCUGAGGGAAUCACCUCAUCCAAUAGCCUUACGAGCAUGGAAUUUUCGAUUCCCCCAUCAGCAGGAAACAGCAAUCUGGACCCUCCUUAUCAGCAUGACCCUUCGUUAAGGUACCAACUAAUUAGAGUGCAUCAGAGCAGCCUUGGAGGAAACUGCAAGUUGGUCGAGAUGUUUGAAGAUGUUAAUAUGGUCGCAUUUUGUGUUUCAUUGACAGACUACGAUGAGUUUUAUACAGAUGUUAAUGGGGUUUCCAUAAACAAGAUGAUGGCAAGUAAGCAGCUAUUUGAAAAUAUUGUUACUCAUCGGGCCUUUGACCAAAAAAACUUCCUUCUGAUACUCAACAAGUUUGAUCUUCUGGAAGAAAAGAUUGACGAAGUCCCUCUCACUCGAUGCGAAUGGUUUAAUGAUUUCAAUCCAGUACCCAGCCAGAAUCCCAGCAGUAGCCACAAUAACAGCAAUAACCCCACGUUGGCUCACCGAGCCUUUCAGUAUAUUGCAGUGAAGUUCAAAAGGCUCUUUCAUUCUCUAACAGAUAGGAAGUUGUUUGUUUCACUGGUUACAGCGCUAGAGUCUGAUACUGUAGAUGAAGCUCUUAGAUAUGCUAGUGAGAUUCUAAAAUUGGAAGAAGAGGUACCCAGAUUAAUUAACGAGUUCUCUUCUGCUAGCAUCGAGGCCAGUUCUUCUGCUUAAAUGUCUUUUUGUAAAUGCAACCAUUUCUGUUGUGCAAAUUGUUCAUAUUUUUGCACUCGGGAACACAGAUACAUAGUGAGAGAAUAGAGAUCAUAUUCUUUUCAAUUUUUGUAUUUUAUUACUCCUCGUAACAUAUGUAGAAGUUGUGGCCAUGGAAGAUUUAAUGAAGCAAAACAAAGUAAUUUCUUUCCUAUU